UCGGCUCAGCUCAGCGGAGCAGAGCUCUUGUAGGAGGUGGAGGAGCCAGUUUGAAACGGGACCUCAGACACUUAUACUACGGCACAGAAAAUGCCCUGCAGAUCCUUGUUAGGCAUUUAACAAAUUUCACAUUUCUCUGCGGACCCCUGUUGAGCCGAACGCUGAACGAGUGUGAAAGGGAAUAACUGAAGACACAGGACACACAUUGCGCGUCAGGAUGCUCGGGUUAAGUCAACAUUUCACUUUGACAGCAGCGGCUUGUGUGGUGCUGCUGGCAUGCGUGCUGUCCUUCAACGUGGACCAGAAGAACGGUUUGUCCUUCAAAGGCCCACUGGAGGAUAUGUUUGGCUACUCUGUCCAGCAGUUUGAGAACAGCGAGGGAAAGUGGGUUCUCAUUGGAUCACCGCUGUCGGGCCAGCCUGCUAAACGGACUGGAGACGUCUACAAAUGUCCCGUGAAUGGAGGGGAAAACUCUUGUAUCAAACUGGACCUGCCCAAAAACACAACCGUUCCCAACUUGCGUGAAGUCAAGGAGAACAUGACCAUGGGAACCACACUGGUGACCAAUCCCCUUGGAGGAUUUCUGGCGUGUGGUCCUCAGUACGGCUACAUGUGCGGCCAGCAGCAGUUCAUCUCGGGAGUCUGCGCAAACGUCAGCUCUUCCUUCGAGAUCCUCAACUCCGUGGCACCAGCCGUGCAAGAGUGUUCAAAGGAGCUGGACAUUGUGAUGGUUCUGGAUGGAUCAAACAGUAUCUAUCCCUGGAGCAGCAUCGUCGACUUCCUCAUCCGUUUCCUUGAAAAAAUUGAUAUCGGACCUAAACUCUCUCAAGUGGGAAUUGUGUCGUAUGGUGAGACUGUGACUCACAAUGUCAACCUGAGCGAGUUUGACAACACUCCUGCCAUGCUGCGUUUUGUCAGAUCCCUUCCUCAGCAGACUGGCUCCAAGACCAUGACUUUCUUGGGCAUUGACACUGCCAGGAAAGAGGCGUUCAUGCCAGAGCGGGGAGCACGGCCUGGGGUGAAAAAGGUCAUGGUGAUCGUGACUGACGGAGAGUCACACGAUUUCUACAACUUAAACAAAGUCAUCGGAGAAUGUGAUGAGGAUGACAUCGAGAGGUUUGGCAUUGCUGUUUUGGGAGACUACAAUCGUCAGAACAAAACACCAGAGGAGGUGCAGAAGUUUAUCAACGAGAUCGCGGCAAUCUCCAGUUUGCCGUUGCGAGAUCACUUCUUUAAUGUGUCUGAUGAGUUUGCUCUGUUGAGCAUUGUGGAUGCACUCGGAAGCAGGAUUUUUGCUCUGGAGGCAACAACUGGAAAUUACACCUCUUCCUUUGAGAUGGAAAUGUCCCAGGCUGGCUUUAGCGCACACAACAUUGAAGGAGGUGUGUUACUGGGUGCAGUGGGAGCGUAUGACUGGAACGGGACGGUGGUAAUGCACACUGCUGGAAAAACAGUCGUUCCAGGGAAAAACGAGUUCUUCAAUCCAAAGACUGAGGUCGGCUACGAACGACUGGCUGGGUACCACGGCUAUGACGUCCAGUCAGCGUCCACACCCGACGGAGUGCUAUACAUCACGGGUGCACCGCGGUACAACCACACGGGCCGCGUUGUAAUCUACCGCCUCGAUGCAAACAACAGCAUCGUCGUGUCGCAGAUACUGAAAGGAGACCAGAUUGGUUCUUAUUUCGGCAGCGUCCUGCAGACUCUCGACGUGAACGGAGAUUCCUACACAGACAUCCUUCUGGUAGGAGCUCCUAUGUACAUGGGCUCAGAGAGAGACGAGCAGGGACAAGUCUACGUCUACAAGGUCAAUGAGGACGGCCAGUUUGAGCAUCAGUUUACCCUAAAGCCUGUCAAUCAGUCCUGCUGUACCGCCCAAUCAGCCACCUGCACUAACGAAAACGAACCGUGUGGCGCCCGGUUCGGCACGGCCAUAGCGGCGGUGACGGAUCUCAACCUCGACGGGUUCAACGACGUGGCGAUCGGUGCGCCUCUCGAGAACGACCACAGGGGGGCCGUCUACAUCUAUCACGGGGACGAGACGUCGCUGAAAGAGAAAUACGUGCAGCGGAUUCCUGCAGGUGGCGACGGGAAAAAGGUCAAAUUCUUUGGUCAGUCCAUACAUGGAGUCAUGGAUCUGAAUGGGGACGGAAUCACUGAUGUCACCAUAGGAGGUCUGGGAGGGGCUUCCUUGUUCUGGUCCAGAGAUGUUGCACAGCUUCACGCCAACAUGACUUUCAACCCCGCUAAAAUAAACCUGCAGCAGUCUAUGUUCCAGUGUGAGUACGGUGGACGCACAUCUGUUUGUGUAAAGACGGAGGUGUGUUUCUACUACACCAUCAAAUCUGAGCAGUCAAACCCGGACUAUGAAACAGAGAUCCGCUAUUACUUGACUCUGGAUGCUCUGCGUGCAAAAGCCAGAGCUUCGUUUUUUACCUCGGACGAUAAAAGCGAUCGCAAGCUUAACAAGACGCUCACCAUGAAAGACAGAGAGAGGAAAUGCAUCAACGAAACCUUCAUGAUGUCGGCCCGACUGGACUUCCGAGACCCUCUCAUGGUGUCUUUGGAGUUUGCGCUGGCCAAAGAGGACGAGGGCCCGGUCCUGGACGAAAGCCUUCCCAAGUCCAUCAAUAAGACAAUCGCUUUAGUGGACUGUGGAGAUGAUGAGAAGUGCAUUGCUGACCUCUCCCUCAGAGCAGAGUCGAGUGUAAAAAGCGUUAAGAUCAAAGUAAAUGAAAAGGAGAAGAUUGACGUGAACAUCAACAUCCUAAACAAGAGGGACAAUGCCUACAACACCAAAGUUACCCUCAGCUUCACACCGAACAUCAACUACGUGAAAGUAGAGCCAGAGACAGCGUGCUCUCUGAAUGGGACGAAGGUGGAGUGCGCUGUGGGAUACCCCUUUCUGGGAAACAAUGUGGAGGAAGAUUUCACUGUGAUAUUUGAGGUGAAUCCGAACAGUGUCCCGGAGCAAAUUCUGAUAAACGUGACAGCUACAAGUGACAGUGAAGAGCUGCCUUCAACCCUGGGUGACAACAGCGCCCAGAUCAGCAUCCCCGUGAAGUACGAAGCUGGAAUCACAUUCACAAUGUAUCACACGGCAGAACACAUAGAAAUAAAGGAAGGUGAACAAUAUCCCCCGGAGUUCAAUGACACCAAGAUGAUUGGGGAGGAGGUCAACAUCAGCUACACGGUGGAGAAGUUAGGUGACAUCGCGACUCCGCCCCUCAAACUCUCAGUGGAAUAUCCCCGUCACUCUCCUCUGAAUAACAGGUUACUGUACCUGACGCGUGUCACCAAAAGCCCUCAGGUGGACUGCUUCACAGAGAACCUGAUCAACCCUGAAAAAAUUAACCCCGGCAUAGUAAAACUGGAGCCCAAGAAAGAAACUCUCAGUGUCUUCCUAGUGAGCUGUGGACGAGCGAAAUGCGAUACGCUCACCUGCACCAUCCCUGCAGAUAAGAUGGGCCAGGUCAACGUUACGUUCAGAGUGUGGAAACCUACGUUCAUCAAGGGCGAGUUUUCCGCUCUGUACAUGGAGGUGAACGGUACUUUGAGUGUCAUGGACAGACAGCUGUUCGAACUGGGCAGCAAUGACAAGACCAGAAUUGCGAAGAUCCAGAUCUCAAAAGAGUCCAUAGGUGGAAUCCCAAUUUGGAUCAUCAUCCUCAGCAUCCUGAUAGGACUGCUCAUCUUAGCACUCGUCAUCUUCAUUCUAUGGAGGUUGGGCUUCUUCAAGAGAAAAACCAGGGACUACGCCAAAGAGGAAGUGAUGGACUGAGAUUGUCCAGGCAAAAUCGGUGACGGACAGACGGAGGGACAUCAGAAGACCCAGAGACACCUCAGUGUUACGACACAUUGACUACGGGGAAAACACAGUUUUCAUAUUUGAAUCUAUCUGAUAUUGUUUGCAAAUACUUCCAAACUCUUAUUUGUUUUUCUUCGUGCUCCUUUAAGCGCACUGUAGCUCUUGAGUUGGUCUUAUAUACGGAGACAAAGACACUCACUGUACACCCUGUCUGAAGUAUCUGCAAACACUAUCUGUUCCGUACUUUCGUGCAAAUAUACAGUACGCAUCAAGUGGAGCGGUUCAAGAAGAGGAACCAGAGGCGAGGAGGAAGGAAGCGUCGCAUUCGAGGCAUCAAGUAUUUACAAAAAAACCUUCUGAGCUGCACUAGCUGCACUCCGGCUUAAGAGGACAACAGAGUACUCAGGUUUUUAUUUUUCAUAUAAUGACGAUCCGAAGUUGCCUAAACUGCUUUGAGCUCUCGCGACGCCCUCACAGCACGGAUGCACGAAGGACUUAGAAGAGGAUAUGUGAAGAUGUUGCGGAAGCAGUCUGUCUUCAAAACGCAUCUGCUCGAUUAGUUUUUACGAAACACUGUAUCUUUUAGCAUUUUAUAGCAUUUGUGUUCUGCCGUUGCUGAAUUUUAACAAUAUAACGUGGCACAUCGUUCGUUUCCGAGCGGAAACCUGAUCAUGCUUUUAUUUUUUUAAACUUAUAAUCUUUAGUUUUAAUGUGUGCGCUAUUAAUUUCAGCUCGGUCACUGAGGGACGCAGGAAGAUGCGCAUUCAAAAAAAAAAUAAAAAAAUUCAAAUUGUUGAUUGUACUGUAAAUAUAAGUGCUCACUUUGUAAAGCUUUAAAAAUGUACAUAAUUGCAUUUAAUUUAAUGCUGUUGUUUUGUGUUUUUGGUGAUGAAAGAAGUGGUUUUGCUCAGGUGCUACCAGUAUCAACAAGAUGACAUCAACUUUAGAAAGUUACGAAAAUGAUUUGCCUUCUGUCGCAGUUUCAAAGCUGAUGUGUAAAUAUAGUUGUAUUUUGAUGAACAAAGAAAAAUAAAAUGAAAUUAUAAUUUUUCUGUACUGAAAAAAUGAGGGUUUGUAUCCACUACUUGGCUUUUAUUUGACUGAAAUGAUAUUUCAAACCUGUUGAAUGACUGUGUUUUGAAUGUUGAGGCUGAUUGAGGUAAAACACCACGACGUAAUAUUUAGUUUUCGAACUUUUAAUUUGCAAAGCAGAGUUUAAUAUUCCUCCUUUGUUCGGAUUUAGAAUUACAUGCGUCCCCGUUGACCGGUUUCCUCCAUCUCUUAAGGAUUUACUGGUAGCGUCAAGCGUAGCAUCUGAAUACUGGGCUCUCUGUCACCCCAUAAGCGGUACACAGUACCUCAUUCAUUCAGGUUCUCUGCCUUGUUUUUGUUUCCAGAAAUUGCACAGCUACUCAGUAUGUUAGAAGAGAUUAUAUUUUAUAUUGAGGAGAAAGUUUUUCCCGCCUCUUUCUUGACUUUUCCUCUCAGCGUCGCAUAAUAAAACGUUAAAAGCCGAAGGGAAGAGUCAAGAAGAAGAGGAAGAGUUUAAUAUUUUAAUACUCCUCUGCUCUCACACUCCACUGCUGCCAGGAAGCACAUGUAGUAAGUAGUAUGUAAAGAAUGUGUAACUUAGUCCUUUUUGAGAUUGUAUGGCCACGUCAGGUUUAUGCACGAAGGUGGAGCUGCACGCCCUUCUCUUUGUUGGCUUCAGGUGGCGCCGGGAUCAGAUCCGUGUGAGGGAGACAAAGGGAGGGUUGUGAGCUCCGGCCCAGCCUUCUACACUGCUGUGAAGUCUUCAUUGUAAUGCACUGGUUUGUCAAACUGUAUGUGUCCUCAUCAGCACAGGAUUUAACUGAGUCGUAUGUACAAAAAUAAAGACUUUUUACAAAGAA